AUGUCUUUCCUCGACAAAGAAUAUAUCCUCUCGCUUGCGCCUAUCGAUCCCGAACUCAAGGCGUUUCUCGAAGCCGCUCAGCUCCCUCCCCCGAAUUACAAUGACUUGGACGCCUUCAAGAAGAUGGCGCGCCUUCGCGACGCUGAAAUGCUGAAAGCCCUGGGCGACGCACCUCCCGAAGUCAGACAGACGGAACUCGAAUACCCGACCCGAGAUGGCAGCAAGGUCCGAGCGAAGCUGUACCAGCCUUCCGACAUGGCGGCGUCGUCGUCGUCAGACCAGCGUGGCCGUCCGCUCAUCGUCAUGUUCCACGGUGGGGGAUUCUGCGUCGGUAUCCCAGAAGCCGAAGAGCGGAGCUGCCGCAACUUCGUGCAAGCGUUUGGCGCCGUAUGUGUCUCGGCGGCGUACCGGCUCGCGCCUGAAUUUAAAUUCCCGUACGCGGUCAACGACGCGUGGGACGCCGUGCAGUGGGCAGCGGCACAGGCGUCCUCGUGGGGUGCAGAUCCGUCGGCAGGCUUCGUGGUCGGAGGCACCUCCGCCGGCGCCAAUAUCUCAGCAGUGCUAGCACACCUGGCUCGAGACGAAGGCCUCUCGCCUCCCCUGACGGGCCAAUAUCUCGCAGUUCCCCCCGUUCUCCCACCCACGGUGGUGCCGGAUAAGUAUAAAGAGUACUACCUGUCGUACGAGCAAAACCGCAACAGCCCGGUGCUGCCCGUCGCAGCCAUCGACAUGUUCCUGGCGGGCUACGCAGCUGACGACCACGACAGCGUGCAUUGGGCGGUAUUCAACCACCCCAACGGCCACCGGGGAGUGGCACCCGCGCUGUUCCAGAUCGAUGGCAUGGAUCCGUUACGGGAUGAAGGCUUGCUGUACGAACGCGUGCUCAGCGAGGAGUGCGGUGUGAAGACGAAGACGUACGUCUACCCGGGCCAACCGCACUAUCACUGGGCGAUCUUUCCGUUCUUGAAGGCCAGCGAGAAAUUUCGCGUCGAGCAGGUCGAGGGUAUGGGCUGGCUGCUUGGCAGGACGCCGGACUUUUCCAAGGUAGUCACCAAGGCAAAAGCUCCGGAUGUCUAA